GGGGACUGGGGAAGUGUUAAAAUAACGUAACGCUUGUAGGUAGAAGCACUUUGAGAAGUCGUUUAACGUAGUCGAAGUCGUUUAGCACGUAAACGACAUUAGCUUUUCAUUCAGGUGAACGGCAGAAGUUAACGCGAGAAAACCGAACUCGCAGUUUCGCACCACACUAGCGACUUCGUGUGGUUUUGGCGAUAACUUCUAGAAGCUUCUUUCAUGGCGGUUAUCGUACAACUAGCGGCGGCGAUCGCGGUGGCGGUACUGGUGGUUGCGUUGCCGGUGGACGCCGGCGACAACAACCGAGUAUUCUCUCCGUGCACGGACACGCGAGUGCAGAGAUCGGACGGAUUCACGCUCGGAAUCGCGUUCGCGUCGAAGGACAAGUUCUUCUACAGCAACAAUAACAGCGUUCAGUUAUCACCUUGCGAUACCAGGCUCUCUCUCUCCAAUUCCAACUCUCAGAUCGCGCUGUUCAGACCCAAGGUCGACGAGAUCUCGCUCCUCACCGUUAACUCGUCCUCUUUCGUCGCGGACACGUAUGGCUAUAUGGUUGCAUUUGCUGGUCGGAAAUAUGCAGCAAGGUCCCCUCCUGCUUUUGUUGCAAACAGCACAUAUACUGUCACUAGUUUUACUCUUGUCCUCGAGUUUAAGAGGGGCAGGCUGCAAAAUUUAUAUUGGAAAAGAGAUGGUUGUGCUAAAUGCUCGGGUAACUCAAAAGCUGUCUGUCUCAACAAUCAGGACUGUGCACUACAAACAUCCAGCUGCAAGAGCCAUGGAGGACCUGUGGAUUGCAGCAUAGGAAUACAAUUGGCAUUCUCUGGCACAGAUAAACACCUUGCAGUUUUCAACUCUUGGUACGAAGUGAAAAACCUUCGCCAGUAUUCACUCUUUGGCCUUUAUUCAAAUCUGAGAGAUUCCCUCACUAGUCAGUAUGAUAAGUUUUUCUAAUUCCAUUUAGUUCUUUUGCUAAUUUAGUUUGUACCAAUCUGUCGUGAUUUUAUAUUGUUUCUACUUUAUCCCCAUUCAAACCCUUCUCUUAUAAAUACAUUUGUGAGAACCUCGAACGAUGCGUGUAUAUUUGUAUACCAAAAGCUAUUUUGAUUAUGCUGGAGAGUGGAGAGAGUACAAUACAUAUGAAUUUGUU